CCUGGAAUCGGAGUGUUGACUCCUGGCCACACUGACAUGCGCACCAGUGUCAGUGCAAGGACAGAGAGAGUGAAAACGGAAACGGAGUGGUGUAUUUUGGCGGAGAGCUGCUAUAAUCGUCCGGAAUGCGCUGCGGUUCGCUCCGGUAGUUGAGUCGGUUUGUGAGUGCAGGCUCGCUGUCCGUUCCGGUGUGUGAUGGCGUUCAUCAGGAAAAAGGAGCGCUGUAAAGAGAGGUUUUCACUGCUGUUAUUAGACCUGGAGGAAUAUUAUUUUGAACAGCACACUGCAUAUAGGGUGGCUGCACUCCCAAACAGAAAUACUCGAGGCUCCCUAAAGGUCUGUUCCAAAUCAGUCAUUUUUGAGCCAGAUGAGACAACUGAACCUAUUUUGAAGAUCCCACUGAAAGACUGCAGGCGGAUAGAAGCAGUGGAGGAGAAUGAAUCCAACCCGUUUAAAGAAACCAAGCCAGCAUGUAUACUUAUGGAAACCAAGCAGGUUUAUCUGAUUAAAGAGGGGAAUGUUGUUGCUCCAUACAAAUAUGAAAGGGGAGAAAGAAGUGUCGUAUUCCAGCUGGAGAUACCCACAAAAACAGAUGAUGUUGUCCAGACGUUGCUGCAGUUACACCGAGCAUCUUGUCUGGACAAGCUGGGAGAUCAGACAGCCAUGAUUGCUGCUAACUUGCAAUCCAGGUUGGCGAGAACAUCUUUCGAUAUGAACAGCUUUCAGAGUGUGUCUGAACAGCCACAUAUGGAGUGUAAGGCCGAGAUGGUGACCCCUCUGGUGACUAACCCUGGCCACAUCUGCAUCACAGAUCACAACCUGUACUUCCAGCCCCUUAAUGGUUACCCUGAUUCAGUGGUGCACAUUGGACUCCACAGCGUCCGGCGCAUCUACAAAAGAAGACAUGGCCUGAGACCACUGGGGCUGGAGGUGUUUUGUACAGAGAAUGAUCUGUGUUCCGAUAUCUACCUAAAGUUCUACAAUACUGAAGACAGGGAUGAACUUUACUACUACAUUGGCACAUUCCUAGAGAACCACAUAGCGGAGCACACAGCAGAGAGUUACAUGUUGCAGUGGCAGAGAGGGCACAUCUCCAACUACCAGUACUUGCUGCACCUUAACAACCUGGCAGACCGCAGUGUUAACGACCUUUCACAGUAUCCUGUGUUUCCUUGGGUCCUCAGUGACUACACGAGCCCACAACUGGAUUUGCUGAACUCUGCCUCUUUUCGGGACCUCAGUAAACCUGUGGGAGCUUUAAACAAAGAGAGACUGGAAAGGCUACUGGAGCGUUACAAGGACAUGCCUGAACCUUGUUUCAUGUACGGUAGUCAUUACUCCUCUCCUGGAUACGUCCUCUUCUACCUCGUGAGAGUGGCUCCAGAGCACAUGCUGUGUUUGCAGAACGGCCGUUAUGACCAUGCAGACCGAAUGUUCAACAGUAUUGGUGAUACCUGGAAGAACUGCUUAGAGGGAGGCACUGACUUUAAAGAGUUGAUUCCUGAGUUCUAUGGCACAGACUGCAGUUUUCUGAAGAACAUGCUGGGUUUAAAUCUGGGUCGGAGGCAAUGCGGUGGGCGAGUAGAUGAUGUGGAGCUGCCUCCCUGGGCCACAGAUGUGGAAGAUUUUCUGCAGAAGAUGCGCUCUGCAUUGGAGAGUCAGUAUGUGUCUGAGCACUUGCACGAGUGGAUCAAUUUGAUCUUUGGUUACAAACAGAGAGGGAGUGAAGCUAUUGCAGCCCACAAUGUUUUUCAUCCAUUAACAUAUGAGGGUGGCAUCGACUGUGACAGUAUCGAGGACCCAGAUCAGAAGAUAGCGAUGCUGACACAGAUUCUGGAGUUUGGUCAGACUCCCCGACAGCUUUUCACCAAACCUCAUCCUCAACGCAUCACACCUCGAUUCCACAACGUCUCAGCAGGGACGAGCCUCAGCACGUCGUCCACUGACCUCUCGCCAGGUUUCAGUUCUCCCAGUAUGGAAUCGUUUGAGGAUCUGACGGAGGAAAGUAAGACACUUGCCUGGAGCAACAUGAACAAACUCACACUGCAGUCCAGUCACAAGAUACACAAAGAGCCAGUGACAGGAAUUGCAGUGACCCUAAAUGGUGCAUCAGUUUUCACAACAUCUCAAGACUCUACCUUAAAAAUGUUUUCUAAAGAAAGCAGUGCACUACAGAGGAGUGUGUCCUUUUCCAACAUGGCAUUGUCCUCUUGUGUGAUAUUGCCUGAGGAUAAAACUGUGGUUUGUUCUUCAUGGGAUAAUAAUGUCUACUUUUAUUCGAUAGCAUACGGCAGGAGACAGGACACACUCAUGGGUCAUGAUGAUGCUGUGAGUCAGGUUUGCUGGAGAGAAGACCAGCUUUAUACGGCAUCAUGGGACUCCACUAUAAAGGUAUGGAAGUGUGUAGCUGCAGAAAUUUCCAAUAAUAAGAGGUCACAGUUUUUGCUGUUGGCUGAGUUGGAGCAUGAGGCCGGGGUUAACACUAUAGCUCUAAGCCCUGCUGGCACACUCUUGGCAUCAGGCACAAAAGAGGGCACCCUCAGUGUUUGGGAUCUCGCCAGCUUCUCCCUCCUGCAUCAGCUCACCUGUCAUUCUGGAAAGAUCCACCAAGUGGCCUUUAGUCCUGACAGUCACAACAUCCUGAGUAUGGGUGAGGAUUUAUAUUUGAAGGUUACAGACGUACAGACGGGCACGUUACUCUCGACAGUUUUUACAGAGGAAGAACAGAGGUGUUUUUGUUGGGACGGCAGCAUUGUGUUGUCUGGAGGUCAGUCAGGGAACCUGCUCAUCUGGGAUGUUCUUUCUAGCAAGAUCACACACAGGAUUCCUGCUCACUCUGGUCCUGUCUCUUGCAUUUGGAUGAAUGAGCAGUGCAGCACCAUCAUUACAGGAGGGGAAGAUAAACAGAUCAUGUUCUGGAAACCCCAGUAUUAGGACAUGGACACACACACACGGUCACACGUACACAUAUGGACACACUCACACGUGCGCAUGAGCGCGCACACACACUUUCCCACAACUAAAUGUGCUGGACACAAGUAUUCAGUUUUCACCCACCUACUUUAUAGACCUGUGAGCAUAAAUAUGGUCCUGAGCAGGUACUACAAUUCAAUCCGAAUGCCGUUACACAAACUGAAUCAGAAAUAAAGUUCAUUUUACUGAAGCUCUUAUUACAGUGAAAGCUUGUUUGAUAUUUAAAGUUUACCAUACUGUUGAUGCUUUUUUUUUUUUUAAUUGUUUUACAUUGUUUUAUCACUUUCAUUUUUAUUAGGAAGGAAUAUAAUGCCAUGUUCAUAAACGAGUGCACUAUAGAAUAGGGGGUUGUAUAUCUCAGAUUGUAUACCUCAUUUACAUGGAGAAAUAUAAAUAUUAAUUGUCCAUAAGCUGUUUAAUGGAGGACAAUUCUUUUGCGUAUCUUGUUAUAAACUCGACCCAUUCCCAAAAUUCCAGUCUCACACUUUGUCUUGAUGGCUCCAGAGGAUACUGAAGGUACAACAACUGCAUGUUUUGUUUUGUUUUUUCUUUGUUCAUCUCAUUUAAACUAAAAGGAUGAUCGGACUUGGGUUAUAUUUAUGCUCACAAUAAAUACACGUUGCAAAAGCUGUGUACAACAUUUAUCUUCAAACAGCGGGAUUUUUCUUAUGUAAUGAACAUGGACAGAAUUUAAAUAUGAAGAAACUCUAGAGAAAAUAAAUUGCAAUAUGUGCAUAUGAUUUAUAUAAUUAAUCUGUUAAAAAUGCCAUCCUGUAAAGAAAAAUAAAUUUCAGAACACUUUUUACACAUCGUAGAACAUGUAUCAGUACGCACACUCCCAAAUAACUGUAAGUGUGCCAAUAUCAAUUGUUCAGUGUUCAUGUUGUGCACUUUAGUGUUUGCGUUACUGCAAGUUAUUAUUAUAAAACAUUGCUGUAGGGAGAGUCAUAAAAACUGGCCGUGGAGCUGUAACGGAUUAAAUCAUGUUUAAAUUUAUUCCAAUCUGAUGUCAUUUUAAUUAUGUUCAGUCAUGUACAUCAUUAUGACCUUUUUAUUGUUCCUCUUAAUGCAGAUGAAGUAAUUGCUCAGACUGCAGUAAAAAAUGAGGUUCGUUUUGCACGUCACAUGUUUUUGGGUUUCCAUAUGGUAUUUUACAGACUACUUCUUUCAUGACAUUUUAUGCGGUUUUUGACCCGUCCACCCAGAUGCAAGCAGAAAACUAUGCCUCUGUAUACUCGUAUUUAUUAUAUAUGUUACUGAUAUCAAGCCAUUUAGAGUAAUACACCAUUUUCAGCAAUAGUUAUGCAACCAUGAAAAUGCCUCUUGUGCGCGUGUGUAUAUAUGUACACGUAUACAUGUACAUGCUGAUCCUCAUUUUAUACUUAUGUCUUAGUAUGAUCUUAGUUAAGAGAUUUUUGAUGGCUAGAAACGUAAAUUAAAAGCAACAGUUUACAGGCAAUACAUGUAAAAAUAAAAAUGAUCAUUAUAAGAUGUAAUAAUUAUCAUAAAAGAAGCAAGACCUUUUAUGAAAUGUUCAAUUGUGUGAACAGUAAAAAUAUACAGUUUAAGCCCUAA